AUGCGGCAGUCGGUGGCUGCAAGGCAGUUGAACACCACGCGGGAACACGAUCACAAUCUACUCUACUCGUCAUGCGGCAAUUAUGUUGGCCGUUACGGCGACGCUCGAGAUAUGCGGUUCCAUCGUCGCCCUGCUCUCAACCCGCCAGGUUCCGUGAGGCGAUAUCGGACGUGCUUCCCGUCCACGAGACUGUUCGAAAGUGACCCCUUGUCGGUGGCACAAUUGCUAGGACCGAUUCAUGAACAGGAGCGUAGCCCUGACUGA